AUGAAGGCCAAGAAUCUGCUCAGAGACAAGAUCGUGGCAAAGGUCCCCGAGAACACUCAGGAGAAGCUCAUGGAAUUGUUGCAAAAUGAACUUGAUCGGAUGAGCAGCAAGGAGGAUGAUGAUCUCGACCUUGACUCCGACACGGAGGAAGGUGACCGGACCUUAGAGGGUUAA